AUGGUUCUGAUAAGUACGCACCAAGAUUUGUUGCAAACCAAAUUCUCUUUACGCCUAGUAAUCAACCUCAAAAAUGCUACCGAAGACGGACACUCACGGUGCAAUGCCAGUGACUGUUGCAAAUCGGCCUACGAAGCAGAAUUCUUCAAUCGCCUAUCAGUUCAACCACCACCCGAUUUAAUUCUUGAAACAGCCCUAUCCUCGUGCAGGGAUAGCGGUAUCGAUUUAUUUCCGGGUGGCAGACUGUCUGAUCUAGAGUAUGCAGACGACAUUGUGCUACCAAGUAAAGAUCCAGGUCACUUUACUAGUCCGACAGAUUUGAAUCUACUCAUAUGCAAGAACACUUUUAUCGAGGUCUUUGAGGUGACCUCUGAAGGCUUGAAGCUGAUCCGGGAUGUUCCGAUCAAUGCGAAAAUUGUUGCUGCAUGCUUAUUCCGACGAAAGGACCGAGGUGCUCGCAUGAUCGAUCAAGGUUUUGAUGUGUUGAUCGAUCCCGGGGCUAAUUAUAUUGUUGUUCGCUUAUAUCAUGGUCUCUUGAAGAUUAUCUUAUUACAUUGUAUCGGUGAGAAGAUCGGAACGGAUCUGCUGGAUACAAAUCAGUGGACUGUAAAUACUUACAAUGUCAGAAUCGAGGAGGGUAAUAUCGUAGAUAUGGCGUUUUUGCAUGGUUACAGUCUUCCCACAUUUGCUAUGAUUUAUGAAGAUGAACUGGUGCUUCAUAUGAAGACGUAUGAAAUUUCCGGCCGAGAACCGGCUUUGCGCAAUGUUCAACUUACGCUAGAUUCAAUCGAACCGGAUUCGAAACUGCUGAUUCCCGUGCCCAAACCGUAUGGCGGUGUGAUUCUGGUUGGUGAUAAUAUAAUCUACUAUCACACAAAGGAUGGUCCGCAUAUAUCGCAGUACAUUCCACAAGCUAAGGCAAGUCAAGUAUUAUGCUACACAAUGGUGGAUGCUCAGCGUUACCUUCUGGGCGAUAUGGCUGGUCGUUUAUAUAUGGUUCAUUUGCUUCCGGAGGAGGCGUCUGGUAUGGGUACCAACCUCGCCGGGACUUCAAGCAGUUCUGUUGCUCCAGUUUCACGAAUCGGAUCAAUUCGCAUCGAACUUCUCGGUGAGUUCUAUCAAAGCUUUUUCCCAACCGACAUUGUUCUUUGUUUCAGGUUUUAG